GUUGCUAUCAUCGAUUGGCGAGUGAACUUGUCGUCCGCCCUAUCCCGCAGCAUGGGCUAUAUUGUGAGGGAUUUAUCGCACUUUGUUAGGUCCGCGAUUUGUCGAUACUUUCAAAACCGGAGUUCCCAAUUUUGCAAGACGUCCAUCCUAACCACACUCACGCAGCUCUCACCUCGAGCUCUCACUAUAAAUUCGUUGCCCUUGCACAAUAUAUCGAGGAAACCGUGCGCUCUCCGCCGGCCGUUACCUUUUCUAAGAUUACCAAAAUGAGCGAACCAAAGAGGCGAGAUAUCAAGUGCGAAGCUAAUACAUCAGCCGCGGAAGUCAAUACUCCAAUCACGAAAACCGAGACAAACGCAGUUCACGUAACAAAUCCCCAAGCGUCGGGCCGGAGUUUUCUGCUAGCAACUGGUAGUAUUCAAGGGAACAUCCACCAUGGGGAUUUCUUGCAGAACACGGUAAUCAAUUGUUCUCACGCCAGCUAUAUCACACAGAAUAUACGGGAUUAUGGGCUAGUAUCAAACGCAGAGCCUACGGACAACAUCACCCGACCUCCAACCUUCCUUCUUGAGGCGCCUGCAGAGACCCCCCACGUGCAGUCAGGACAGGCUGCUGAACCGCCGUCCGGCCCUUAUCUGGAGGAAGCCGAACGCUCUCUUCGUCGUGCUUGUGUAGCUUAUGAUGCAGGGCAGUGGGGUGAGGCCGUGUUGUUGUUCCAACGAGGCUUCGCAUGGCGGCGACAGACGAUGCCCGACAGCACAGAGACGGCAUGCUACUGGGACAAGUAUUCCCGGGCUCUCCACAACAAUGGGCAAUACGAGGGAGCAAUCGGCCGUUUCCAGUUGUUAUUGAAGUGGGUGGAGAAGAACGAUGGACCCAAUAGUGAUACAGCGCUGGAACUUCGAUUAUGUCUGGCUCGAGCGUUCAAACACAGCGGUCAGCUGACCUCAGCGAUAGAGGAGUACAGGUAUGCCCGGGACAACUGGGACGCUCUCCCGGCCGACCCAGCAAAGUGCUAUCGCACCCAGUGUGUUCACGAGCUAGGGCAGCUCCUUGCGUUCCAGCGCAAGCCAUACGACCGAAGCUGGCAAUACUGGGGCGAGGCCAAGGAGAGCCUGCAUCGGGCGAUGAAGGACUACUACAGGGUGGAUGCAAAUUCGCGUAAAGCUCUUGAGGCCCACGUUGACUUUGCGACUGUCGUACUUAUGAUGUGCGAAGAUAAGGACGCAAGGGCGCAGUUUGAGGAAUUACGUAAAAUCGCAAACCAGAGGGGGCUCGAGAAUGACGAUAGUAUACAGGAGAGGGUCAAGUGGGGCCUCGACGAGAGCAAGUAUUGGAUGCGGCAACCAGCAGCCAAAAGGGAUGGCGACAGAUUGCCGAAGGCCAGGAAGCGGGAAGCAGAGAGGCAGCGGCUAAAGGAACUUGUUGGGUCUUGAGAGAAUUCUCGGUGAGUAGGUAAUGAGUUGUCAGUUGGUUGAGGUGGCGUCCUGUUUGAGGCGUGUGGUUUUCAGUCUUCUGGAAAGUUCCGAUCCUAUCAUUUCAUGCUCUUUUGUCCUGUGGUCUGAUCAUUGCAGAAGAUGCUUGCAUGCAGCCAACAUCAACCUUAUCCUGCGCAGCUACUUGCCUUAAGCAUACCAUGUCGUUGCAGUGAUUAGAUGACCACCAAACCGCCUGUGAUUUCUUUUCUUCGUUGCCACUGUCUUAUAUAAUCGGGCAACUGUCGAGCUCAAUCUGGAACUGCAUCCUUACCCAGUUAUACCUUCGGGCCGGUAGCCCUUCCACCUCCAAUAUGUCAUCCCUUCACACACUCAAGCUCAUGGGCCAAUGGGC